UAUCCCCUUGACCCUAUCUCCACUCCAGCUCCUCUAGUACAACCGCGGAGAUUCAUUCGUGUUCGUGAUUUCACUAGCUGUUGUGCUAAACCCCGAUAUGUUACUCGAUCGAAAUCGAUCGAUCCACACAAUUGAGCAAACAGGACAAAGCAAAUACUAAAUAGCUAGUUUAGAGAUGAUCCAGAACCAGGCAUCCUACAAAUACUUCAGAUGUUCUGAGUUACUGGCUCGGUGAUAACCAUUAAACUCUGCAAACCUUCUUUAUUCCAUCUGUGCUAACCGAGUUCUGUUCCGUUCUCUGCUCGUCGAGUCACCCGUAUGUCCACUUCUGUAAGCAAAUGUUGGACACAUGGGUUGGCAAUAUACUGGGUUAACUAUGACACCUGAUUAAUGUCUCGGCGUAGCGUUUGUCAUUCGAUUGAGUUCCUCAGUUCUUCGGUGGUUUUUUUUCUUCGCUCUAGUGAUAAUCGGUGUGUCGCUUUGAUUGUGAGGUUGUUUUCGCACAAACGUUCUUAAGGGCCAAACACCAUUCAAUGCCUUAAGAAAGAAGUCCUUUCUGCGUCACCACCACCAGACCUACGUCAGUAAUUGCAAAGCGCGCCCCUUAUUCUAGCACCCGAGGAUAUGGCUAAACGGCCAAACAACAGGUAGGAUACAACGUCCAUACUGUCUAGUGUUGGAUGACGAAUCGAAAGAAUGUGUCGCACCUGUCGGUUGAAGUGCCGCGUGGUUGCGUUCGAUUUCCAGAGCCGCACGAUGUACCACGAUUACCGCCGUUCGUCCAGCUACCAGCGUCCGAAUUUGAUCUGUUUCUUCAACCCGGGACUGCACCGCACGACCGGGUACGCCGGAAUAGAUACGUGGCCCGAAACCAUCCGUGCCGCUACCGAACCCGGCUGUCCGAUCCUGGUCACGGCCUAUACGGAGCUUGAAUCACCGCUCGAUCUCGAUCGGUUGCAGCGCGAAUCCGUCCGACCGCUCAAAAUAGUCCAGGAACCGGCGGUCAAUCCAUUCGGUUCGAAGCGCCCCGAUCGUAACUUUAUCUCCGAUGAAACCGCACCGAUGAUCUUCAAAAACUAUUAUCACUUCAUCGUCCAAUGAAGCUGCGGACACAGGGAUAGUGUCCGCCCGCCGACCGCUCGCCGAUAUAAUGUUCAUGUUUAACCCCCCCCCCCGCUAGUUUUUCGUUUUGAAUGCUUUUAAUCUCAUCUCGCACACACACACACACACACACACGAGUCCCUUAUUUUGCGUUCGUCCAUGGGCAGUCCGUGUAGGUACUGCGGAUGAUUCGCGUCACGAUUUCCUCUCCCCCCCCCCCCCCCCAUACAGGCCCAUACGGUGUCACAGUAUCGGUGUGAUCCGUAUGGUGAUCUGAUGUCUGGUUUCCUUUUCGAUUUUAAUGUGAAAUAAAUAAUGUGUAUCAGUGA